AGAGCCACAGCAGAGUCAGGACGGGUCUGUCUGUUUGUGUCUGAGGAAAAAUUCAGCUUUCUCAGGAGCAGAGUCUGUGCCAAACACAGGUUUUCUCACACUUUGUUCUCAGCGCGUGGACAUGGCUGCUGCCAGCUGCAGGCUGACUGAGGAUCAGUUUCUGUGCUCCAUCUGUCUGGAUGUGUUCGUCGAUCCAGUCGCUACACCAUGUGGACACAACUUCUGUAAGACGUGCAUCACCUCACACUGGGACAUUAAAGUCCAUUGUCAGUGUCCCAUGUGUAAAGAGGUUUUCCGCACACGACCUAAGCUGCGGGUCAAUACUUUGAUCUCUGAGAUGGUGGCUCAGUUCAGACAGGAAGCUGAGCGGGAAGCUGAGCAGGAAGCUGAGCGGGAAGCUCAACAGGAAGCCAGCAGCAGCAGCUCAGAGCCACAGGUUUCCAAACCAGGAGAAGUUCCCUGUGACGUCUGCACUGGAUCCAGACUGAAGGCCCUGAAGUCCUGUCUGGUGUGUCUGACCUCCUACUGUGAGACUCACCUGGAGCCUCAUCUGACGGAGACGGGUCUGAAAAGACAUCAGCUGAUCGAUCCUGUGGAGAACCUGGAAAACAGAAUCUGCAAGAAGCACAAAAAGCCCCUGGAGCUGUUCUGCAAGGACAACCAGAUGUGUGUCUGCUCACUCUGUGCCGUUAUAGACCACAAGACCCAUGAUGUCGUUCCUCUGAAGGAAGCACAUGAAGGAAAGAAGGCAGAGCUGGGGAAGACCGAGGCUGGAAUUCAGCAGAUGAUCCAGAAGAGACAAAUGAAGAUUCAGGAGAUCAAACACUCAGUGGAGCUCAGUAAAAAUGAUGCAGACAGAGAGAAAACAGCUGGUGUUAAAGUCUUCACCUCUCUGAGGCAGCUGCUGAAAGAACACCAGAAGGAAAUCACAGAGACAGUCGAAGAGAAGCAGAGAACGGCCGAGGAACAGGCCGAGGGUUUGAUCGCAGAGCUGGAGUGGGAAAUCUCUGAGCUGACCAAGAGAGGUGCUGAGAUGGAGCAGCUCUCAAGCUCUGAAGAUGACCUGGACUUCCUCCAAAGUCUGGUGUCCCUAAACGCUGCUCUACCAACCAAGGACUGGACAGGGGUCAGCGUAGCUCCACCGUUAUAUGAAGGGACUGUGAGAACGGCUCUGUCGAGAUUUGAUGAGCAGCUGGAUGAGACUGCGGAGCAGAUGAAUGAAAUGAUAGAUGAGCUGAAUGAGGCCGAGCUGAAGAAGGUGCAGCACUAUGCGGUGGAUGUGACCCUUGAUCCUCAGACAGCACAUCCCAGACUCAUCGUGUCGGCGGAUGGAAAACAAGUAAAGUACAGUAAGAUAAAGAAGAACGUCAGAGACCAUCCUGACAGAUUCUCUCAUUUGUGCAAUGUCUUAGGAAGGCAGAGCUUCUCGUCAGGAAGAUUUUACUAUGAGGUUCAAGUUAAGGAAAAGACGGCGUGGGAUUUAGGAGUGGUCAGAGAGUCCAUCAACAGGAAGGGAAAAGGUCCACUGAGUCCCCGGCAGGGUUACUGGGCCAUAGGUCUGAUGAACGGAGAAUACACCGCUCAUGCUAACCGUCCAGUCGAGCUCUAUGACGAGGAGCUCGAGAAGAUCGGGGUGUUUGUGGAUUAUGAGGGGGGUGUGGUCUCCUUCUAUAAUGCUGAUGAUGCAGACCAUAUCUACUCCUUCAGUGACUGCUCCUUCACUGAGAAACUCUACCCAUUCUUCAGUCCCGGCGGGAAAAACACCACCCCACUCAUCAUCACUCCUGUCUGCCUCGAUGAGUAGAAUCAGAGCCACCUGAUCUUCCUCCAAAGAGACGUGCUGUCAUCUAAACGUAAUAAAUGUGACAUGAGCGAUAUCCUCAGUCCUGAUGUGCAGCGUCAAGCCCUGAUUCUUUCAUGUGUCCCUUCGCUUCGGUUUGUUCGUGUGGCUGAAAAAGAGCAGUGUCUGUUUCCCAGGGUGUCAGAUCAUCUACUUAUAGUUUGAAUAGUAAUGAAAUAUAUUUACAGAAAUCAUCAUGUGUUUAGGCUGCAAACUGAAAACUGCAAUUUGUGCUUCUCAGGUUAUGGUCAAGUUUUUAAAAUGAAUUAAAGCAAAUAUUUUGGGUUGAAGUGUGAAAUAUAUUUGUGCAUUUACCUGUCUGCUGGACUCUGGAGUGAGACGACUGAAAUGCUGAGGACAAACACAGGCCUGAGCACCACACCUGUGACGACAGGUGUGUGAGCAUGUGGUGAGGACUGCAAUAGCAAAGAUGGGCAGCAGGUGGAGCUAAACGCCUGCUGGACACCGAGCUCUGUGCUCUGCAGUCACAUUCAGCACAAACAUGUUAACACACAUGAUUCCUCCCACAUGUGUAACACUCGUGCCAUGGAUGUGAAGCUAAACUGUGACUGAUUCAGACAGAUGUUUAAUCUUUAAUCCAAUGGCAUUAAUCCAGUUUAAUGGAAACUGUGGUUCCACAGACGUCUCUGAAAAUAAAUAAAUAAAUAAACAGCUAAAAAUAACAUGGCCGACACAGGCAGCGCUUUGAGCUGUUCAGAGUAGAGUCUUCCUUUAACUUCCUGUACCUUCAAAACCAGUGAUGGAUACUGGGAACUGCAGUGUCAGCUCAGUCCAGUCGUCAGCAGGUGGCACUGAUGAGUCCAGGCCACACUGUCCUCGUCCAAUAGUUAGAUCAGUCAGUCACUUCUCUACAUAUUCACCAACAUUAACGCUGCACAAUCAACACUGCCCAGUGGUGUCUGUGCAAGACAGGGGACUGCCCUCCGGCCCCAGACCUGCAGGGGCCCUUAAUCCCCAGACUCAGUGCGUACCAGCUGGUACAGCAUUAGCUGAAGCAUCCAAUCAAAAUCUUAUUUGGACUUCAAUCAGUUUGUGUUUGACCUUUCCUACAGGCUUUAGCUCACAGGGACUGAACUGAGACAGAACUGCUGAUGACUGUAAGAGUGAAAUAAAAACAGAUAAAAAAAUAAAACAGAUUCACAAACAAAUACAACUUGAUAUACAGUAAACGUUGGGCUCAGCUGUGUGUUCUGACAGUCCUGGCCUGGUUGUGGGUCUCUGGCCGAAUAAUGAUGUAACCAUGUUGUGCAUUUCAGCUUCGUCCACAACCAGAUACUAAAACAGCUUCUUUCCUCGUCUGUAUUAUAAAUAAAUAACUGUGUUAUAAUAACUUUAUGAUAAAUAACUGUGACUUGUAGUAGUAGUAAGAUAACU